AUGGCUACAAGUACUCGACACAAGGGAAAGAAAGAUAUGAUGGAUUUGCUUAUGGAAGCUGAGGAUGAGGAUGGUCAAAAAUUGGAGGAUGAGCACAUCGUAAAUUUGAUACUCAUUUCCUUUUCUGCUGGUUUUGAAAGCUCGGCAUUGGCUGCAUUAUGGGCAAUAGUAUACCUAUCAGAACAUCCCGAAGCCCUCAAAAAGGCCAAGGAAGAACAAGAGGAGAUCAUGAAGAGAAGACCAUCUACCCAGAAAGGAUUGAAUCUUGCAGAAAUUAAACAGAUGGAAUAUCUUAAUAAGGUAAUUGAUGAGAUGUUGCACGAAACAAAUAUCUUGUCAAUAUUCCGAGAGGCAAAAGCAGAUGUUAGCAUCAAUGGCUACACCAUACCAAAAGGAUGGAAAGUUUUGGUCUGGACUGGAGCUGUUCAUAUGGAUCCAGAAAAUUAUGAAGACCCACAAGACUUUAAUCCGUCAAGAUGGCAUGGGAUAAUAUUAAAACCAAAGCAGCGGAAUUCAUCCCCUUUGGAGCAGGAAGCAGAUCUUGUCCUGGAAGUGAUCUGGCUAAGCUUAUCAUAACCAUUUUUCUUCAUUAUUUUCUCCUUAACUACAAGCUCAAGCGAGUUAACCCAAAAUCCCCACUACGUUACUCACAAGGACCAAUGACGGAAGAUACACUACAAAAAAAAUCAGCAAAUCGC